GGAGGACGAUCGUGCACUCCGGCCGCACGGCGAACCCCGGCGGGUUGCGGUCGCGUCGCGGAAAUCAUCCCUUCGGGAGCGACCUUUUUGACGGGGAAACUCGUUUAUCGCGCGGCUAGCCUGGGAUCCGUUGUAGCAAGAAGCCGUGCUGACACUCGCGAUACAGCUGGAGCUUUCGCCCGAGCCACAGAGAUAGCCCGCGUCUAAAACGAACGACGUGACGAAGGCGUGAAAUAAUUUCAUCGUGACAUUUUCACAUCCCUUGAUAACAGCCCGACGCGCUGAAUCAGUAUACAUACAUCUCGCGGAUUUUCCCGCAAAAAUGCGGUGAUAUCCGAGACUGCGCUCUAGGCUGCAUGAUGUAUACGCUUCGCAGAGAUGUGUUUGAAGAAAGUGACUUGGCCGCCCGCUAAACACGACGUCCCGGCAGAAGAGGGGGAAGUGAAAAAGUUCUCUCAUACGUUACCGCUGCUGUUCGCAGCACGCUGGCACGGCGAACGAGUAGAGCCGGAAACGUAUCAAAACCGUUUCGUUCGACCGGCGGCGGUUUCGGCGCGCCGUGAUUUCUCUUCGCGGCCCGACGUCCGCUGUCACGCCGUCGGAACGAAAGAUUCACGCAACGGGCCAACUUGGUGUGAUCGAUGGCGAGCUGGUGCCUCCGCCACGACGUCCCAUGAAGUCCACGCACCACGCUGCCAGGAGCAAAGAUCGAUCGUCGAUCGUCGUCGUUGCUGACUCGACGCGAACUCGCCGCCGCUCUAGAUGAAUCACGAUCUGCCGCGAUCGAAUCGAAUCACACCGAGCGAACCAUGUACAAGAUACUGCGCCGCGGCUCCGGCCGCGUGUUCGUCCUCUGCAUCGUGCUCCUGUCGCUCUUGCUGUGCCUGUACUACGUCAGUCAGGUACAGGCGCCGUCGAGCGGCCAUCCCUCGGCUAUCCUGAACGAGGAGCUCAGAUACGACCGCAGUCUGACCUCCGUCACCCCGGAUUACAGCGAAUCGCCGGACGCUCAGGUGUCCCUCGCCACCUGUCCCAUAAUCGUGCCGCGAAACGCGGACAUCGACGCCCAACAGGAGUUCAGCAAGUUCGACUUUCAGCCGUCGUGGAUGCGAAGCCGGGAAUAUUGGGACGACAGUUUCGAGGCACGUUUCGCCGAGCUGCGGAAGGAUCCGACGAGGCCGCCCUUGAAGGUUAUCCUUGUGCCUCACAGCCACACCGACCCGGGAUGGCUGAAGACAUUCGAGCAGUACUUCCACAGUUCCACGAGGAGCAUUCUAAACAACAUGGUCUCGAAACUCCAGCAAUGGCCGAACAUGACCUUCAUCUGGAGCGAGGUGUCGUUCUUAUCGCUGUGGUGGGACAGCGCCCACCCGACGAAGAAAAUGGUGGUAAAGAGAUUAGUCAAGGACGGUCGGCUGGAGAUGACCACAGGCGGCUGGGUGAUGACCGACGAGGCUACUUCUCACAUCUACGCGAUGUUGGACCAACUCAUUGAGGGCCACCAGUGGCUGAAAACGAAUCUCGACGUGAUCCCCGAAUCAGGCUGGUCGGUCGACCCAUUCGGCCAUGGCGGCACGAUACCCUACUUCCUCAAGGCGUCCGGCGCGUCCGGCACGGUGAUCCAAAGGAUACACUACGCGUGGAAGCAGUGGUUUGCCAAGAAGCAAUACGGCGACUUUGUGUGGCGGCAGCCGUGGGACCGCACCGGCGCCGCCGACAUGCUCACCCACAAUCAGCCGUUCGACAUCUACAACAUCAAGCACUCGUGCGGACCGCACCCGCACGUGUGUCUGAACUUCGACUUCCGGAAGAUACGCGGCGAGUACACCGAGUAUUCCGUACGGGCGGUCGAGAUCACGCCCAACAACGUGAAGCAGAUGGCCGAGCUGUUGCUGGAGCAGUACGCGAGAACCGGCUCCUUGUUCACUCACAACGUCGUGCUGAUGCCCCUCGGCGACGACUUCAGGUACGACCACGCGAUCGAGUGGGAUCAGCAGUACACCAACUACAAGAUCCUGAUGGACUACAUCAACAGCCGCAAGGACGAGUACAACGCCGAGGUGGUGUUCGGCACGCCGAAGGACUACUUCCACGAGAUACAGAAGCGCGUGGAGAAAUUCCCGUCGCUGACGGGCGACUUCUUCGUCUACUCCGACAUCUUCAGCGAGGGUAGGCCGGCGUAUUGGAGCGGCUACUUCACCACCAGGCCCUACAUGAAGAUCUUGGACCGCGAGCUCGAGGCGAACCUCAGAUCCGCCGAGAUCCUCUACACGAUCACGCUGAACCUCGCGAAGCAGUCGGGCAAGGACAUCAAGCUGUACGAGACGUACUUCGAGAAGCUGGUGAAGGCGAGGCGCAAUCUGGGCCUGUUUCAGCACCACGACGCGAUCACGGGCACCUCCAAGUCCUUCGUAAUGAAGGACUACGCCCUGAAGCUGUUCGAGUCGAUCUCAGACACCACGAGCCUGCAGAGCUUCGCCAUACAGUCGCUGGCGGCGAUCAGCGCGAAGUCGAAUUCCGUCUACGUGCUGGCCGAGUCGGACCGGGACAGCUACGAGAAGCUGCCGAAGAAGAUACCGAUCGGAGUGAACGGCCACGAGACCCGCAAGAUCGUGCUGUUCAAUCCGCUGGCGCAGCCCAGGCAGGAGGUGAUCAGCCUGAAGAUCACCUCCUACAAGAUCAGAGUGCUGGACCCGCAGAGGAAUCCCAUCCCGUACCAGAUCGCGCCGGUGAUGAACGCCACGAGCAUCACCCACGACGUCUACGUGCUGCUCUUCGUGGCGGAGCUGAAGCCGCUGUCGAUCGCGACCUAUCACCUGCAGCAGAUCGACAAGGUGCCGAUGGAGGCGAUCUCGACGGUGUACUGCGGCCGGUGCGGCAAGGACAACGUGUUCCCCGUCAAGUCGAUGCAGGUGGGCGACGUGCAGCUGGAGAACCAGCGGAUGAAGCUGCUGUUCGACGGGCAGACCGGCUUCCUGAAGCGCGUCACGAAGAAGUCCACCGGCAAGAUCAUGCAGUGCGCGGUGCAGUUCGCGGCGUAUCCAUCCGCGCAGUUCCACAGCGGCGCCUACCUCUUCAUGCCGGACCCGAACCUGCGGGACACCGACAAGGACGUGCUGGAGGCGUACACGCCGCACCAGAAGAUCUACAUCGUCAGCGGCAGCCUGAGCUCCCGCCUCACCGUCGAGUACGGCAGGCUGCUGACGCACCACGUCGCCAUCUACCACCGCGAGGGCGGCCUCGGCGAGGCCAUCUACCUGCGCAACAUCGUCGACUUCGAGACGCCGCCGAAGAACCGCGAGACCGAGAUGUUCAUGCGGCUGCAGACCGACAUCUCGAACGGCGACCCGCCGGAGUUCUACACCGACCUGAACGGCCACCAGAUGAUCAAGCGCACCAAGAUCGAGCGGAUCGGCAUCGAGGGCAAUUACUUCCCCAUCACGAGCAUGGCUUACAUCGAGGACGCCGGCCACCGGCUGACGCUGUUGGUCAACCACUGUCAGGGCGCGGCCAGCUACCAGCCCGGCUGGCUGGAGGUGAUGCUGGACCGCAGGACCUUGUACGACGACUCGAGGGGGAUGGGCGAGGGUCUGCUGGACAAUCGCAGGACCGUCAUCAAGCACUGGCUGCUGCUCGAGGACGUCAGCGGCGAGAAGGACGCCUACUCGAAGCCGUCGCUCUUCGCCAACCAGCUGAGCAACGCGCUCAACUACCCGGUCAACAUCUUCGUGGUGGACGGCAGCGAGCAAGAGGUCACCAUGGCGCCCGAGGUGCGGCUCUUGAGCCAGAGCUUCCCGUGCGACCUGCACCUGCUCAACCUGCGCACCAAUCACGACCAGAAACUGCCCCACUUCCCCGUCAACAGCGCUCUCAUGGUGCUGCACCGGCAGGGCUACAGCUGCGCCGUCGGCGUCGACACGGUGCUGAAACAUUGUCCGCUCACCGGCCGGCUGUCGGCCGGCACCGCGUUCUACAAGCUCGACAACGUCAACGUCACGAGGACCUCGUUGACCGGCACGAGGCCGGGUGCCCGACUCAAGGACGGCCUUCAGGAGGUCGGCCUGCAGCCGAUGCAGGUCGAGACGUACAAUGUGAACUUUGUGCAAUGAUCGUAAGUGGUGCCCCCUUUCGAACACUGCCGAUCGUAUGUGCUACCUCUUUGACUCUUCGGAGGACUGCCGCGAAACUGAAGGGAGAACGCUCUGGUUAAUUGACGCGACGAUUAAGGAGGGUGGAAAGGUUCGGAAAUUCGACCCGAAUGCCUUUUAUAUUAACCAUACGCUCACAGAAUUUAUUGACAAAUAUUCAGACGAAUGUCGCGGAGCGGACUCUUCUUUUUUUCAAAAGCGGGCGCUGUGUUUCCUCUACAGAGUGAAGGAGGGGAAAAGAAAUCCAAGCGAAGGAUUAACAAAGGGCGACGCGUUGAAUAGAACGCUAUUCGUUAACGCGAUAACUUUUAAAUAAAUAACAUUUUCUCACCGGAGUUUAGUUGAUUCUGUAGAAAAUUUCUUUCACAAGUAUCUUUGUUCGUUCCUGAGUGAUCACUGCGGGAAAGCAUGGUUAUGAGAGAAAAUUACGCGUUUAAAGUACUUUUUUCAGAUCUUGCAUGAAUUAAAAGUUGCCUGGGUUAUAAAAUGAGGUUUAGCUUCUCGCUGCUUUUUUUAUGCAACCCUAGCUUCUUUCGUUGCGUCAAUCUUCCCUUUGUUGAGAGCACAUUUCAGCGGCACGAGGCUUUUAUCAAUAUUCAUUGAAUCAAGAAAUCGUAUUUUUCCGUCAUUAAAUACCGCUACAUACACGCAGCGAGAAUAUCGGCUGCUUUCGAGCUAUUUUCCACACAGUUGAGUGAAAACUCUCAUUAGCAUUCUGGCCGAUGCACCUAUGUAACGACAAGACAGGGCUUCAAAGAUCGGCAUUCUUCUUGGUUUCAUUCUUCUCUCUAUUUUAUUUCCUAUCAAUUGCUGCAUGUAUGCCGUCGACUUUCAGACUGUCCACAUUUUCCGCUCUCCUGAACACAAUUUUUUUCGAAUUUUUCGGUGAAAGGGAAAAGAUUCGCUAAAUUUCACACCUUUCUACCCCCCUUAAGGUGGAAAAUAAUUGACCCGGGCGGCUGGGUCGAUUGAUUCUUUCGUUCUUUCUGGAAAGAACUUGACAAAUUUUUUCAUCAAUGUUCAAUUAUACGAUUGUAUAUAGUGGAGAAAGUGUUCGGUUACCUGCGAUCCGGAUCACGGCGGUGUAUCAUAUUGGCCUAGCGAUCGAUUCUCUCCACGUACGCUUUAUUUCUCCCCUCGACAGCUAUAGAUUCUAAGUAGUUUCUCAUCCACUGUGAACGCUUCUAUUUUUCCUAGACAAUACCGGAAGCGGGAGUUUUGUAACAACUUGAGCAUUUGUACAUUUUUGGGCUACGACCAAACCGCGAGUUAUCGAACAAACAAAUUGACAACUUUUCACGCUAAUCCCACGUCGGGGAGUGAAUUUAUAACCGAAUUUUCUCUCUGUACGGAGAUCUCGCGUCGCGAUUACGUUUCCGCGGGAAAGUUCUAGACGGGUCGAGAGGACGGAUGUAAAUACUCGACCCGCAGUCGAUGACGACAAACGUUCGAGUUGCGUGCACCGUAGGUUGCUCUUGUACGAUAUAUCCUCGCGUUUGAAUUAAUGAUGACUGCGAUGGAAAGUAGCGGAAGAGGGAAGAGGAGAAGCGAGAAGAGAAAGAGUACUACACAGUAAAUAUAUACACUCGCGAGGAAACAUAUACGGAAGUGCGCCUCACCGAUUUUUAUGGGCUUUGUUGGAUACGUAUAUAGCGGCUGAAAAUAAGAGGUACGUAUUUUUUGUUUAUUAUCUCGAACAUCUGAGAGAUCGGAGAGAAAGACCCGAAAGUCUCCUCAAAAAAAAAAAAUGCAGUAAAAUUGACCGUUGGAGCAAACAUCUCGACAACUGUGACGUAAUGAAAAAUGUUUUAGACACAAUUUUUAUAGGUAUUAUUUAAUAUACUUAAUAAUUAUGCAUAUACAUUUUUCUUUUAAUCUUAUACAUAUAAAGGACAUGAAGUGCGCCAACCUGGUUGUUUCAACCUCUGAACGUGCGAGAAAACACGUAUAAAAAGAAAUACGUGUCUUUUAUUUUUCGUUGUUUCACAACGAUCGUCAGAAUCGGUAAGCGACACAUCCACGUGUUUCCUUGUUAAUGAUUUACCCUAUUUUUCGUGCCCAGAACCUAACACUACAGAUUUGUUAAUUAUAUGUAAUAUAUUUGUAUAUAUAUAUAUAUAUAUAUAUAUAUAUAUGUAUGUAUUUAUACACAGAAAUACAUACAUAUGUAUACACGUAUGUUUGCUUUAAUCCUUUCUUCCAUAGUCGAAUGCGUUUUCCACUUCAAUAAUUUUGACCACGUUUGUCAAUUCUAUUUAUUUCUACCGUAGAGAUGUAUCACCCACAGAGAGAGAGAGAGAGAGAGAGAGAGAGAGAGAGAGAGAGAGAGAGACGGACGGACGAAAGACGACGAAUAGCACUUUUUAUUAAGCGUAUAAAUAUACAUGUAUAUAUAUUAUAUUGUACAUAUCAAAUCAUAACUCGCGAUUUAGAUAACCGACAUCGUAGGUAAUCCUUGUGAUAGCGGAACGAUGUAAAGAAAAAGUCUUACACAUCUAUUUUCAUAUGUCAGAUAUUUUGCUAUCGGCCCUCUCUCUCUCUCUCUCUCUCUCUCUCUCCGAAUCUUGAUGAUAAGGUCCGCUCUUCUUAGACGAUCUAAAAUCCGCGACAGAAUUUAUCGUAGAUCGUUCAAAGAGACGGGCUCGAUCAUCUUCUUAAGGACGAGGGGGCCACGAUUCGGAGAUUCUUUUCAUGUAUCGUGUGUAUGCGACCCGAAAAUAUAACGAACAUGCGGCGACAAGGGUGUCGAGUCUCUCAAAGCUAAUGCGAGAGGAACGAAUCCCAACCGGACUAGGCGAACACGAACGAAGGUAAUUUGUACUGCGAACCACUUGUAAAUAAUAAAACACUGCGAAAAGAGGGGAACCUACUACUAUCCUGUGACGAGGCGAAGUCUCUCUUUCUUUCAACUCACGCGGACAUAAAUUAUCGGAUAUCGACGAUCAACGUGAUCGCACGUAAUCUGAUUUCCGUUGGCGAACUAAAUUUGCGCGUUCGAAAUUUCAUCGUGUCGCGUGUCCUCUGUGUGAUUUUUCGUGAUCCCGAGAGCAUAUCGUGCACACGAGAAAUAUCGGGGGCGACGUUCCCGCGUUCUUCCAUCUUCCAUUGGGAAUCCCGAAGUGUGUUGCGCGGUUGUAUGACGGUCCUACUUGUACAUAUUAGAUUAAUUAAUGGGAAGUCGUGCAGCUACGAUGGCGGACCGUCGCGUUUCUCUCUCUCUCUCUCUCUCUCUUUCUGUCGCGAAACAAACACGAUGAGAGAAAACAGCGCGUAAAACUCGCUCGCUACUUUUACGUGACAAAAGGAAGAAAACGCGGACACGCGGCUCCUAUGACGCGCAGAUAAAAUCAUUACGACCGAGAGAUGUGCGCGUGGUGUCCUCGUUUGCAGAAAAAAAAAAGGAGAGGAAAGAAAAAGACAAAUUCGCGAAUUCUCUUCUUUAGGAACGUGUUCAUAAACGAUACUGUGAGUGAAUCAACGGUUUCUCUCGGUGAUUACAUUUGCUUAGCGACUAUAAUUAUGAUUUUAUGUUUCACGUGUAUAUUUUACGCAAUGUUUUCGUAUAAAUUUUAAAUAUACGUGCGCAAAUGUUCGUUUCAUCGUCCCUCUAGCCUCCGUCUGUUCGUUUCGACGAGUCGUUCGCGAAUCCUCUAUUUUCCCGACACGGAUUAUCUCGACGAGAGUUCGAAACGCGUGCUGCUUUAAUCGACGACUUAGUAUCGGCCGUCAGUCGGAAAGUUGAAAAAUUAAAGGGCCGUCACUCCGUGACGCGACUCGCCGCCGCCGUCGUAAUUAAGCUCCGUAAGCAUCGGUUAUUAAAAUUUUUUCGAUAAACUCAUAGUUCCGAUAAAUUUCACGGUCCGCGGCGCGAGAACGAGCAUUCACGGGUUUAACGACGUCGUGUAAAUAGAGGGAUCGUCGAUGAGAUCGUUAAAACCGAUAGAUCGUAAAGAGUAAUGCGCGGGUAAAGUGUGAUAAGUCGUUCUUUUCCGUGAGAAUGUGUCAUUUUUAAUUGCACACACAUAACACACACACACGUUAUCAGGCUCGACCUUCGGCUAAAAACGUGCGAGAGAACGUUUGUAAAAAUAAAUCUCCACUCAUCCGUUCGUUCGUUAGCUGAUGUAACGCAUUGCGCAAUCGGCUGUUAAUUGCAAAUAGUUCAAAUUUAUCUUGCCUUUUUUUCCUUCUCUCUCUCGUUUCGUUUUUUCAUUUCCGUUCCCGCCAGCGAAUCUACAAAUCACACACCGCUUCGGUAUUAUAUAUUGGCUUUUUAUAUAUGAUCUUUAUAAUAUGAAAAAGAUACCCACACAUACUAACAAGCUAACGACACACAGCACUGCCCUCGAUACAUAUCCAGUCGUCCGCUUCGUUUAAACUUAAGCGUAACGAAUCAAAAGAGAGCCUCGACGCAGCGGGAUCUCGGCUGGAUGCUUCCGCGACACGCGAGUUGUUUGUACGUUCUCUCGCGCAUAAUAUUGUACUCUAUUCGAGCACCGCCGAAUCCCGCAGGCGAGAUUUCCUUGCGCCCGGAUCUUUCAGCGAGAGAACGCUGAAACCGCGCGCGGCGAGAGGGCCGUUCGAGAUACAAUGACUGUAACGAUAUUGUAACAUACUAUAUGUUUUGUGCUGUCGUUAGAAGAGAGGAAUUCUAUAUAUAUAUAUUAAAGAAUAAAGUUAUAUAUAUAUACAUGUUCGCCGUCGCUCGGACGAUUCGCGAAGCGAAGCUCGUUGGGGAUCGCGCGAGCGCGGACCAUCGAAUUCGCGACGAUUACGUACGAUAUUCCUUACGUUACGAUGUAAUAUUAUAUUUAUUAAAUAAAAAUAGUAAGUGACGUAUUUUUGGAUCAGCCGCGUUGUGUUGUUCAUGACGUACACUACCGCUGUGUGUAUACACCGAGGAAAAAACAAGUGCUAGAAUCAAGUGAGCGUAAUUCAUUGUUUUUCACUCUCUUAAAUCGAGUUAUAUUUUUAUCAAUUUAUUUUUAUGUAUAUUUUAAUAGCUUGUAGGGGGAUGCAUUUAUAUACUUAUUAUGAAAAAAAAAAAAAACGAAAGGUGUCGCAAAAUGUUCUUUUCGGAACAUAAGUAUCAGUCUUCAAUUUUCAUUAAAGUCGGGAAAAUAUUACGAUCAACAAAAAGAAAGAUAUGUUUUGAAACCAGCCGAGUAGAUUUUUGAAAUUUUCUCUUAAUAUUAUUCCCCGUCGCGACUGGAUAAACCUAAAUGACAUGUAAUUAGUUAGAAUGAAGUUUUCCGCAGCUAUGUGAUGUACUAUUUUGUGUAAUAAAAGUAAUGUUCAUUGAUAAAAUUAUUUCGAAAUCGAAGGAACGAGUGGUUGGAACAGGAUGGGCAAUUAGGUUCAAUGCGAAACGCUACAUAUAGGUGCAGAUGGUUUUUGCAGAUAUCAACUGGCGAGAUAUACUUUGUAACCUAUUAUCUAUUGCAUACGUGGUAGAGAAG